UUUCCCUUUCUCGCUUUUGCGUGCACGCACCUAAACACGUCCGCCCCCCUGUCACUACUCUCGUCCCUCUCUGACCCACAGUCAGUCGCACACAUUUAUACACAUGCGGGUGGACGGCGGAUUCUGAAAUCUCCGUGAAGAUGGUGGUACCGGGGCCGUUUUUUAAAACUGUGCUUGGAUAGCUCACAUAACGCUUUUCAGCGGUAUCCAUUGUGCCUCUUCUGGAAAGAAAGACCGGCGAAUGGCCAGACAACGGGGAAUAGAACAUCUCAAAGGGAUAGAGAGGAUCGGACGGGAAGUGCGUUUAAAUAGCUAAACCCGCAAAUCUGCCUUGAAUAAAAUUGAAGUAUUUGGACAGAAGAAACAGACGUCUGCUUCUUCAUGCAAUCGUGUUAAAGUGGGGGAUCAAGGAGCCGCUUGUCUGUUCAGGGAGGACUCGGUGUCCGGGGGAUACGAGGAGGGGAGAAAGCUGGUAAUUAGCCCACAUUCUCCACUUGCUAUUCGUCUGCGACUCAAUGGGAAGAAUAGUGGCGUGGGAAAAGUUUCCAUCAAACGAGCAAAGGAGGACGGAAAGGGGCUACAUACAACCAAGACUGGCUUCCGCCGUGGCCCUGUAUGGAUGGCAGACUGAAGUUUACUGACAAUUCAAUUGCCGGUCACUCGUGGAAUUAUGGGAGAAAUCAGUGGCAGUUAUCAGGAAAUUAAAAUAAAUGUUAUGUUGACUUGACUGUUCUUGUAUUAUCAAAACAAUAUUUACUCAACACAGACUGAGCAUGGUCUGGAUCCAAUAAAGUAGGUAUUUGCGCGUGUAGGCCUACACUUGAUCUCCAAUUCAAUUGUAGGUCUACUACAUUUUGCCGCUUUUUGCUCUGCCAACUUGUCCUCUUCAAAUUGCCCACUUCUGUCAGCGUGGAUCCCCGGGAAUUGGAGGCGCAGCUUUGGAAAUUCCGGAGAGAGACCUCAGGAAAGGACGGGGCUCCAUCCAUGGAAAUACUUACGAAUAGGCCUUUUCCCAAUCACAGCAAGAGCAUGUGGGUAAAGAAGGAUAAUGGGCAUUAGACGUCAGUGUUUGUUUUCUCUUUCUUGUUUAUGGGAAGACAUUUCCGCCUUAAAUUACCCAGCACAUGUCAAACAAUAGUUCCGUAACUGUGGCUUUUCUUGCGAUGCCUUUACAACGCCGGCGCGUGGGUUUAUUUGGGGAAUACGGGAUGAAGUUCUACACACACUAAGUGUUUACGCGUGAAGUUUGAAAUGAUUAUUUUUCUCAUAUAUCACUGUAAAUUGGAAGCAAUUUCUGAAUGCAUUAUAGUCUACUUGCUUAAAAGCAUUACAAUGUAAUAAAUAAGAGAGGACAGGCAGGAGGCUACAGUUCUGUAGAGACAAAUAUAAAUGCAGACGGGGUUUAAAAUCAAUGGAGGAUUAUUUUGACAGUCCAUGUACAAAGAAUGGCUAUGCAGGCAGCCAAGUAGUGAGAGCAUGAAGGAAUUUGAUCCAGGUUUCAGUUGUCAUUAUCUGAAGAAUUUGUCCCAAUAUACCAGUAGUCUACAGUCGGCUAUUUAGUCAGGGGAGAGCCUUGGAAAUGCUACUGAAUACUACUAAAGUAGUAUUACACAACUAGGUUACAGUCAACAUAAUUAUGUUAUGUAAGAUUUUGACUUCUCCCCAAAUCUUUUUCAAUGAGUCAAAAACAGUUGUCAGUACUUGGACUGGAACAGAAUGAACUAUGCAGACACAAGUGCGUCAAAACAGAGGGGAAGGUAUAAGAAUAUUAAAAAGCAACAUGGCAUCCCCCCAACAUCAGCAGCUGCUGCCUCACAACACAGAGGUGAGCUGUGACUCAAGCGGCGAGGGCAGCGUCUCCGUGAGGAUCAGCAGUAGUGUCAAACACAAGCACGGAGGAGGAGCCGGGGCGCUGGGUGGCAUGGGAGGAGGCUUCAUGGGGAGUGGGUCCAAACACUGCAAGUACAGCAUCUCCUCUAGCUGCAGCUCGGGAGAGUCCGGGGUCCUCAGGCCCGUGGUUAAGGGGCUGCGAACCCAGAGGAAGAUGCCCCAGCUGUUUGAAAGGUCUGCUGGGCACUUCUGGGACCCAAAGUUUGACUCUCCCAUCCUGGAGGAGGCAUGCAGGGAGAGGUGCUUUCCCCAGACCCAGCGGAGGUUCCGCUACGUCCUCUUCUACCUGUUCGCCGCCAGCCUCCUCUGGGGGGUGUACUUCAGUGCCAACCCCGACCGGUGUGACCGAACUGCCUUCCUCGUCCCCACCGCCUGCUUCCUCCUCUUCUGCCUCCUCCUCUUCCUUUUGACGUUCACAAGGAUCUACGUCCGCUGCUACAACCAGGCGUCGCUGCUGCUCAUCGUGGUGACCUUUGCCCUCACCCUGGCACCCCAGAUCCAGACAGCCGGCUUCAGGGACCUGGAGACCCUCCCUCCUGAGGAUGUGGUGGAGGAUGCGGGGGACUUCAGUGGCAUGGAGCCCAGAAAUGUGACCUUCAACCGGGACUUACCCACGGGCAGCGCCUGCCUAUCUCCAGUAGGGACCUUCUCCCUGGGCAUGGAGGUGCUACUGCUACUCUACAGCGUCCUCCACGUCCGACUCUAUGCCUCGGUGCUACUGGGACUUCUCUACUCUGUGCUCUUCGAGGCUCUGGGAUGGCUUCACCUCACCCAGGCUGCUGGGGAUGGUUGGAGCCAGGCCUUGGAGGGGUCUGACUGGGACACUCUACGCUGGCUGGGGCCAGCCAAAGCUUUGCUCCACCUGUGCGCCCAUGCCAUCGGCAUCCACCUUUUCAUCAUGUCUGAGGUGCGAUCGCGAAGUACCUUCCUCAAGGUGGGCCAGGCCAUCAUGCACGGCAAGGACCUGGAGGUGGAGAAGGCGCUGAAAGAACGCAUGAUCCACUCUGUGAUGCCUCGGAGGGUGGCCGACGAUCUGAUGAAGCAGGGCGACGAGGAAGGCUUGGCGGGCGGGAGCUCGGCCAAGCGCUACUCCAGCAGCGGCGCGGCGGCCGUCAUCUCCAGUCCCAAGAACAACAAGAGGAAUAAGACCUCAAUCCCGAGAGGCCAGAUCAUCUUCAGACCCUUUAACAUGAAGCGCAUGGAGCCCGUCAGCAUCCUCUUCGCGGAUAUCGUAGGCUUCACCAAGAUGUCUGCCAACAAGUCGGCCCACGCCUUGGUGGGGCUCCUCAAUGACCUCUUUGGACGUUUUGACCGGCUGUGUGAGCUGACGUGCUGUGAGAAGAUAAGCACCCUCGGGGACUGCUACUACUGCGUGGCAGGCUGCCCUGAACCUCGGGCUGACCAUGCCUACUGCUGCGUAGAGAUGGGGCUGGGCAUGAUCCAAGCCAUCGAACAGUUCUGUCAGGAGAAGAGCGAAAUGGUUAACAUGAGGGUGGGCGUCCACACGGGCACUGUCCUGUGCGGUAUCCUCGGGAUGAAGCGAUUUAAGUUCGACGUGUGGUCCAACGACGUGAACCUGGCCAAUUUGAUGGAGCAACUGGGCGUGGCCGGGAAGGUGCACCUAUCAGAAGCCACCGCCAACUUUUUGGAUGACCGGUACCAGCGGGAGAACGGACGGGUCACUGAGAGGGUUGGACAGAGCGUGGUGGCGGACCAGCUGAAAGGUACGUGACCAGCUGGUUGCAAGGCGGGGAUUGCACAUCUGUGGGAAUGGGUUGUGAUUUAUGUGAUUGCUUUCAGUGGUGGAAAAAGUACCCAAUUGUCAUACUUGAGUAAAAGUAAAGACACCUUAAUAGAA